UAUGUAAUAGAUGACAUUAGCAGAGGUGCACGUGAAGUGAUCAGUGAUCUUGAUGGAUCUCUUGGAUUUCGACAUUUUCCGCUCUACGUUAUGAAUGAAAGGACAAGUUUUGCAUCGUGAGCAAGCGCGUUUGAAAGUUCCAGGUUGCUCAUUGGUUUGAAAUGAACUUCUGACCAAAAAGUUGCCUGUGUUUCUGUCGCGUUUGAAUGAAAUAAGUGGGGGUUGCGAAAAGAUAGUACUAGUCUCAGAAUCGUUUGGAAGUAAUUUAAAGUUUUUGAGAAAGAUAAAUUUAAUUGAGAAUUCCAGAAGAAUUCCAUACCUUUUCCACAGUUUCUGAGACUUCGUCAUGUAUGUAGUGACGACUCUGGUUUUUCCGAAAUCAAUGGCCAUGUGCCAGUUUUUCGAUAAACGUGGCUAUCCUUUUUCUGUCGAUCAAGCGGGCCACCACCGUGCCCAAUCGACAGUCAGCACUACAAACGGCUUAAAAGGAAAAUGCCAAUCGCAUUCCACUCACUCUCGCAUUUCACCCUCACUACCACGCAGUUAGAACUAAUUCUUAAAAGCAGUCUUUUUCUAUUUUAUGGUUUAUGAUACAUUAUUUUUCUUCAUUCAGCCUCGAUUUUGAAAGCCAUCGAAGACAGCGACUCUUUCCUGUUUACGCUGGUAAAUCCUUCUGGAAGUAAACCGAUGAUGAUAAAGCCAAAACAAGGUGCUAAGGGUGGUAUACGGUGUGACAUUAAGAAAGGUCCUUGCUUUGGAACCCCAGAGUACUAUGACCUUGAAGUGUGGAGAGUAUUUAUUGCUACUGGCCCAGGAAACGCUUCGAGCCAGCUCGAUCUAGGUUAUGGCUUUAUCCAUCCUGAAGGUGUUGAUAAGAAAAAGUAUUUUACUGGCAAUUCCACAUUUAAAGUGGACGAACUCGAAGUAUUCAGAGGUGAAUUUUAG